AUGGAGGUCGCUCGUACCUCCAUGAUCCAUGCAGCUGCCCCCCAUUUCCUGUGGCCGUUUGCAGUGCAGUACGCCGCGCAUCAGCUCAACCUCUGGCCCCGUGUCUCUGUUCCGGAGACCUCGCCUACCCUGCGGUGGACGGGGGAGGUUGGCGAUGCGUCGGUGUUCCGAGUCUGGGGAUGUCGAGCCUUUGUCCGCGAUACGUCCGCGGACAAGCUCUCCUCCCGUGCCGUUCCCUGUGUCUUCCUUGGCUUUGUUCCUGACGCGCCUGGCUGGCAGUUUUACCACCCCACCUCGCGUCGUGUCUUCACCUCUCAGGAUGUCACCUUUGACGAGUCGGUCCCUUUUUACCGUCUCUUCCCCUACCGCACUGCCCCGCUCCCCCCCCCCCCGCCGCUCUUCCUCACCCCAGGUGUCCCGUCGGUAGACCCCCUCCCUCCCCAGGGUGCUGCUCCUUCAGGUGUUUCCCAGGUAGACCCGGUCGAGCCUGUUGAGUUAGCUGUUGACUCUGGUCCUGCGCGAGGUGCUGAGCGUGCUGAGCCUGGUGGUGCUGGGUCUGAGGGUACUGCAACUGGGGGUGCUGAGCCUGGGGGUGCGGAGACUGGGGGUGCUGAGCCUGGGGGUGUGGAGACUGGGGGUGCUGAGCCUGGGGGUGCUGCGACUGGGGGUGCUGAGCCUCGAGGAGCUGAGGCUGGGGGUUCUGAGACUGGCCGUACUGCACCUGUUGGCGCUCCCUCUUCGCAGCAGCUGCGUGAGUGGUACUCCCAGCAUUGCAGCCUCCGUCGUGGGGCUACUGGAGCUGGGGGGUCUGCUGGAGUUGGGGCUGGUGGCCCUGCGGCUGGAGGCCCUGCUGCUACUGGAGGUCCUGGAGCUGCUGGAGGUGCUGCUGGUGCUGGUGCUGCUGGAGGUGCUGGAGCUGCUGGAGGUGCUGCUGGUGCUGGUGCUGCUGGAGGUGCUGGAGCUGCUGGAGGUGCUGCUGGUGCUGCUGGAGGUCCUGGAGCUGCUGGAGGUGCUGCUGGUGCUGCUGGAGGUCCUGGAGCUGCUGGAGGUGCUGCUGGUGCUGCAGGAGGCUCUGGAGCUGCUGGAGGUGCUGCUGGUGCUGGUACUGCAGGAGGUGCUGGAGCUGCUGGAGGUGCUGCUGGUGCUGCUGGAGGUCCUGGAGCUGCUGGAGGUGCUGCUGGUGCUGCUGGAGGCUCUGGAGCUGCUGGAGGUGCUGCUGGUGCUGGUUCGGCAGGAGGUUCUGGUGCUGUCUCUGCUGCUUCUGGGGGCACUUCACGGCCGCGGCCGUACUUCGUUCCGCUCCUUCAGCAGGUUCUUGGUCAGUCGCCUCCUCCUAGUCCUCCUCCCUCCUUAGCGUGUCCUCCGCCUGUCCAGUCGCAGUCGCAGCUACCACCUGCCUCGCCACUUCCUGGUCCCUCUCCCUACACUGGUCCGACAGGCGGUCUUACAGAGCGUCGUGAGCCUAAGUCUCGUCCUGCGUCGCCUGUGUCUUGUCCAGUGUCACCUGUUCGUGCUGCUCGCACUGGUCGCCGUGUUCCGCAGUCUGACUCUCUUCGUGCUGCCAGUCCUACUGUCACGCGUCUCCUGGCCACUGUUGUCACUGACCCUUCCUUUGAGACUGCUGCUGCGUCUGCCCUAGUUGUUAAGCUUGUCGACUUUGCUGCUCGCUGUCGUCUAGACUACGCCGCGAGUCUUGUUGCUGAGUCUACGCCGCAUGUCUGUCCUCUGUCCGUCGGGGGUGAGUGUGCUCUAGGCACGGACGUCCUUGAGUGUCUUGCAGCCGCUGCGCCUCAUCUCGUAUCCAUGCUGCUUGCCCCUGAGGGAGACCCGGAUGCUCCAGACAUCCCUACCCCGCGCUCUUACGCUGAGGCGAUCGCGGGUCCCUACUCCUCUCAGUGGCAGACAGCCAUGGAUGCAGAGAUGGCAUCCUGGAAGUCCACUGGCACUUACGUCGACGAGGUUCCCCCUCCUGGGGCGAACAUCGUCAGUGGCAUGUGGAUUUUCAGGGUGAAGCGGCCGCCAGGUUCUCCGCCUGUCUUCAAGGCUCGUUACGUUGCUCGAGGCUUCAGUCAGCGAGAGGGAGUAGACUUCUUUCAGACCUUCUCCCCCACCCCGAAGAUGACCACUCUUCGGGUGCUACUGCACGUUGCUGCUCAGCGUGACUACGAGCUUCACUCUCUUAACUUCAGCACAGCUUUCUUGCAGGGCAGCCUGCACGAGGAGAUCUGGCUGCGCCGCCCUCCUGGCUUCACUGGGUCGUUUCCUCCUGGUACCCAGUGGAGCCUCCGGCGGCCGGUCUACGGUCUCCGUCAGGCGCCACGUGAGUGGCACGACACACUGAGGACUACUCUUGCGGCACUUGGGUUCGCGCCUUCUACUGCUGACCCGUCACUGUUUCUGCGCACUGACACUUCGCUGCCGCCGUUCUACAUCCUCGUGUACGUCAACGACUUGGUCUUUGCCACUGCUGACGCUGAGGCUCUCGCCCACGUGAAGUCGGAGCUGCAGAAGAGACACACGUGCACAGACCUGGGUGAACUGCGCAGCUACCUUGGCUUGCAGAUCACCCGGGACAGAGCACGCCGCACCAUCACACUGACUCAGUCACACAUGGUGCAGAAGGUCCUUCAGCGCUUCGGCUUCACCUGGUCCUCAGCACAGGCCACUCCUCUGGCUACAGGUCACUCGCUCUCAGCUCUGCCUUCGGAUGAGUCCGUAGAGCCGAGUGGUCCUUACCAAGAGCUAGUUGGUUGCCUCAUGUACCUGAUGACUUGCACUCAUCCUGACCUAGCGUACCCUCUUGGCCUUCUGGCCCGCUACGUGGCUCCUGUUUCGUGGCGUUCUACACGUUCGUCUUCAGUUCUCAGCUCCAGUUGUGAGGCUGAGAUCUACGCCACAGCCAUGGCUGCGCAGGAGUUACGCUGGCUCACCUACCUGCUGACCGACCUGGGAGAGCGGCCUCGUUCUCCUCCAGUGCUGUACGUCGACAACAAGGCUGUCAUUGCCUUGUGUGAGGAGCACAGACUGGAGCACAGAACGAAGCACAUCGCUCUACGUUACUUUCUGGCUCGAGAGCUGCAGCAGCGUGGUCAGCUUCGUCUGCGUUACGUGGCCACUCAGGCCAACACUGCUGAUAUAUUCACCAAGGCGCUUCAGUCUGGUGAUCAUCAGCGUUUCUGCACUUUGCUAGGGCUUGUGCCCACUUUUCCUCACUUGUUGUAG